GUCAUUCAGUCUAAACGUAUUUUAAAUAUUAAUGAUAUUUCUCAGAAAACAAAGGAACGAUUUGAUAUUAGCAGAAUCACUGAUUACUAUGUCCAGUCGUUACUGUGUUUACCAGUUGUUAGUCUCAAGACUGAUGAAAUCAUUGGUAUCGUGUGUGCAUUUAACAAAGACCUACCAGCUUCCAGAUUUACUAAGGAAGAUGAAAGUACUUUAAAGUUCUGUUGUAAGAACAUUACUGGUCUUCUUGAGAACUCAUUAGAAUGGGAGAAAGAAAUGGUUAUCAAAAGACAACAAGAGAAACUUCUUCAAGUAGCCAAAAAUCUCUUUACACAUGCAGAUGAUGUCAGUCUUCUUCUAAAUGAAAUAAUGACAGAGGCCAGGAACUUAACCAAUGCAGAAAGGUGCUCGUUAUUCAUGCUUGACCAUGAACACAAUGAACUUGUGGCUAAAGUAUUUGAUGGAGAAAUUCCUGGAAAUGGAAAACACAAGGAAGGCUGGGACUUAACUAUUCCAUUAAACCAAGGCAUCGUUGGUCAUGUAGCGGUUACAGGAAAAUUACUAAACAUCAAAGACACUUAUAAUCAUCCGCUAUUUUACAGAGGACUAGAUGAAAAAACAGGUUUUAGAACAAAAAGUGUCCUGUGUUUCCCAAUCAAAGGAGAACAAGGCGUGCUUGGUGUUGCGGAGUUGUGYAAUAAAGUAAACGGUGGCUGUUUUACAAAGUUUGAUGAAGAUCUUACGAAAGCAUUUGCUAUCUACUGUGGAAUAAGCAUUUUCCAAUCUAUGCUAUAUAAGAAAGCAAGUUCAGAAAGUCACCGAAGUCAACUGACAAGUGAAAUGAUGAUUUACCAUAUGAAUGUUCCUCAAGAAGAAGUUGAUAACCUACUCAAGGUACCGAUCCAGAAUCAAGAUCAAUUCAGUCAAGACUUCAGUAAAUUUGAUUAUAUGCCAAGAACAUUAUUAGUAGAGCAAACUGUACCAGCAGUAUUGUAUAUGAUGGAUGACUUGGGAUUCAUUGAAAGAUGGAAGAUACCUAAAGAAAUCCUUAUAAGAUUCACGCUGAUGGUGAAAAGGGGAUACCGAGAACCACCCUACCAUAACUGGUACCAUGCUUUUACUGUGGCACAUUUCUGUUAUUUGCUUUACAAGAAUACUGACAUGGAUUCAAGAUUAACGGAUAUUGAAAAACUUGCAUUGUUUGUGUCAUGUCUGUGCCAUGACCUGGACCAUAGGGGUACUAACAAUGCCUUYCAGGUCACAUCGAACUCAACUCUUGCGGCACUGUACAGCUCAGAGGGCUCAGUAAUGGAGAGACAUCACUUCGCACAAACAAUGUGCAUCGUCAAUUCCCCAGGAUGCAAUAUCUUCAAGAACUUGUCAGAGAAGAAUUUCGCCAAGGUAUUGGACUCAAUUCGUACUAUCAUAUUGGCUACUGAUCUUGCACAUCACUUGAAAAUACUAAAGGAUAUCAGACGCAUGGCUCAAGAUGGUUACAAGUCCGAUCGAGAGGAUCAUCACAAGCUGCUACUUUGUUUAAUGAUGACAGCAAGUGACUUGUCCGAUCAAACGAAACCAUGGAAAGGAACUAGAAAAAUUGCAGAUCUAAUUUACACCGAGUUCUUUUCCCAAGGCGAUUUGGAAAAAGUGAUGGGUUAUACGCCGAGUGAAAUGAUGGAUCGUGAAAGAGCUUGUAUCCCGAAACUUCAGAUCGAUUUCCUGGAAUCCAUUGCUUUUCCAGUUUAUUCUGCCCUGGGUGACAUCAUCCCAGAGACGAGUGUCGUCCAUGAAUCCGUCUUGUCAAAUCGCGAUCACUGGAAAGUUGUACAAGAAGAAAACGAGCAGAAAGGAGUCAUUGAAAAACUGUAAUGAAUGGAAAGUGACAAGAUGGUAUUUUUACGAAGAUUUCGAGGCCCAUUCAAGGUGCUUGGGGCGCGGUAUAGGUACCAAAUAUUUACAAAAACCUGGGUAGACAACUUGGAUAGAAAUAUAUUGUUUUGCUAUUUUAUAUAAAUGAUUGAAAGAAAAACCUGGAAAACAGUGGGACGCAAGUGAUAACUUGACUCUUUCUAACCAGGUAUUAAUUGAUCCAGGGCCGGGUCGUUCAAACCCAAUUAGUUUAAUCCUGGGCUAAAUCCAAGCUAACCCAGGACUAGCGUAAACAACUUUGAAUUACUCGACCCUGAUGUUUCACGCGUUAACCCAUCGUUGGGCUAAAAAAGAUGAAAAAUAUAAACCUCAAUAAUUUUUUUUUUUAGUAUUGUUCUUGAGUUACCGCGAAAGAGUUUGAGACGAGGCUUCGCGCACUUCAAUUUUUUUAUGGACAUUUCAAAAACUGCCUCGUUCCAAUACUAGUAAUUCUAAAAGAUGUAUACUUCUUGUACUUCAAAAUGACUCGCAACAGAAAAGGUAAUGAUACCAUGCUCCGCUUACACGACAAAAUGACUAGCAAUAACAAACUUCGCCAUCCGUGUCGACGCURUAYUAGGACAAAUCGUGCCGCAGAGAAAUUGCCGCCGCUCAGAUUCCGCGACAAAUUUGCUUGUGUAAAUAGGCCAUGAAAUAUGAUGAAUUAGCCAAUUUUAUUGAUAUUACACGAGAAUAUUCUUCCAUAAUCCCGUAAAGCAAAGCGUAACAAUGUGUGACUCACUCAAAAYAUAAAGAAAAAAGUGCCAAAUUAAUUGUAUUACGCUGAAGUCUAUUUYACGGGUCUAUGAAAACCACGCUAUGAUUGACGUUAUUACUGUUUAUCGUAUAAUUAUCAAUGAAAUACCUAUAAUUCUCACUUUUGAAAAUUAGUUUUUCACCAGUGAAAUUACAAACAUAUCCGUGGUACCACUAUAUACUGGAGGUAAAUAAAGAAUAUAUAUGCAAUAUUUACAACAAUAAUAAUGAUAAUUAUAUGACAAACAGAAUAUUACAUGCUCGCUUGGAGAUAUGGAUUUCAUCUUCUCGUGUUGAAAUCUCUCUAUCGUUCGCUACGCUCACUCGUGAGAGWUYUUUUCAACACCCGAAGAUUAUUUUUUAGGAAAAUAUACCAAUAGAAGUACUCAAAGCUGACGACAAAAGUCUUGAUUGUAUGAUAUACGAAUCGUAUGUUCUUUUUGUAAAUCUGUUUUUUGCGCUGUUUCGAAAAGGAACGAUGUAUUUAUUUGUCGGAGAAUGUAAGAUUUUUAUCUCGAAUCGUGCGUUAUUUAAAAUUAUAAUUCAACAACAAUUUUUUCUUUGCUCUCAUUUGUUGAAAAUCGAGCACGUGAGACGAUAGUAUACAUCCCCGACCUUGAGGGGUACUAUCAGUGUAUAGAGCAUGCCGCUCAAGAAAAAAAAUUGUUGUUGAAUAUUAAAAACAAUAGAGCAGUUUAAAUCUCGGGCAUUAUGCUGAGAUAGUUGCCCUUGGAAACUGGAUGUUACUCAAAACUUCGUAAUCCUUCUCAGGCGACUAUUUGUUUAUGGAACAUCAAGGUUUCGCGGGCAACUAUUACAGCAUAACGACCUCAAUUAAACUAGUCUAUUGUUUAAAUAGGAACUUUCAGACCAACCUAGUCUUCUUURCAGCCGUUACUUUGRUGARGCUUUCGAGGAAAGGGGCGACUUCGAAGAAGACUAGAUUCGACCAUGAAAAUUAAAAUACAAUUACAGUAGUAAUUAGGCCAUAUUUUUGUCGUUUGUUUUUAAAGUGCACGCCUUUUAGRAAACCAAUUUUAUCCAAAAGGUAACUCGAUGCCAAGUACUUCUGUGGUGAAAGAAAUUGAUUUUAAAUUGUAUUUUCUGAGUUAAAGACAUAUACAAAUGAAGUGACGUCAACCAAGGAAUUGGUCCAGWCUUUUUACAUUGUUUGUGUUAUGUUGUUUAUGGUUUGAAGAGCUCAAAACAUCAAUCAGUAAUUAUUUGUGAGCUGAAAUGCUCUUGGCCAUAACUUAGAAAAUACACACAGAUGUACUUAGCAGCAUUUUCUCUUUUGGAUGAGAAUGAAUUUYUAAUGGUGCCAUGUGCAGUUUAAGCAGGACUACUACUUGCAGUUGUAUUUUACUCAUGGUCUGGUGUGAAAUUCUCUCAAUUCCCUUGGACUGAGUUAUUGUCUAAGUAUAUUUACGGUUUUCUAUGUUAGUUAUUAAUAUAUUUAGUGCUUCGUUUUGCACAUGUGAUUAAACGAUAUUAACAUUAUUAUUAUUAUACAAAUAAUAUGCGCGGACAAAGGAGCCGCGGCUAUGCUAUCAGAAAUACGAGAUAUUAUUUAUUCACGAAAUAAAGUAUUUGUUUGAGAAAAAAA